AUGGUGAUAUUCACUGAUGGCUGGAGUAACAAGGGACCUGAACCAGAGCAAGCGGCUAAGGAAGCUGUUGCAAUGGGUUACGAAAUCUAUUCUGUAUCUUACACGGGCCACGUUGAAAAUGCAGUGACGAUCAACGACUAUACAUUGGAAGCCAUCGCGAAAGACCUACAGCACAAAUUUACUGACAAGAACUUCGAUGAGUUGAUCAACAGGGUUCGACAACGAAAUCUGAAAUGCUUGUGA